CCGCACACAAAAAUUCCGGGACCUCGGAGUCAUUGUCCAACGUGCGCGGUCCGACCCACUACGCACCAGCACUGUGCUCGCUCGCUAGCAUGACAACAGAGACCGAACAGCACCACGCACCGCAUGCCAAGUGCCGCGACCGCCUCCGCACGCUCUGUAUCUUAGCCCUCUUUGGCCUCACCGCGGUGCUCGCCAUCACGCUCUUUGAUGCGUCGUCGCACGCCGAGCCGUACACGGCGCCGCCAGCAAUGUUCAAUGCCAGCGCCUGCAGCGCCUGUGCGACCGACGCGGACUUUUGCUCCAAAAAGUACUUUGCCGGCGCCACUUCCAAAAUGCAAGCGUGUCCGACGCCGACGACGGCCGACCCUUGCUGCUGUCCGACCAGCGCCCGGCGCAGCGACGGCACCAAGUUUGCCGGCGCAUGUUGGCCAACGAGUUUGGACGCGACUUGUCUCUGCAGCUUUACGCCGGCCGAGAGUACCAACCACGGGACGUUCAACAGCUCGGUCGUUCGCUACGUAGUCGUCGCAGCCAUGGCCGCGCUCGUUCUCAUGAUAUGCGUCCUUGCAUGCGUGGACCGCAGAACGACCAAGCGCCCGCCCGCUGCCGACGUCAACGCCGAAGCUGCCGCCGUGUAGCUCAUGUGCUUUCGUACUAGUAGGAGCUCGACAAAUGCAAUUAUCUACAUUUCUAUCCAUCGACCGAUUCGAGGCAGCCUCAAAGGUAUGACGAUAGAACCUUGGGUGGUAAGCUUGCCGUGGACCGACGGUUAUAGAAGACAGUCUGUCGCCAGCUGCAAAGACAUUUCGUUUGGUCUAAUAUACCGCGUGGACAGAACGAGCCAAUAUCACGACCAGGCAGUAGAGACUAUAUUAAAUCGCACCCAAGUCCUUCAUCUCGGCGAGA